CCUCUCCCCAAGACCGUACCUCUGCUCAGCUUGGCACAGGCUCUCGCCUCUCUCAUCCAGCCUUCGAUGCCCGGCACCGCAGAGCGAAAACGCCGGCUCCAGCUGCACUCCAUGAACUGGAAUCGCCCCUUACCACCGCCCGCGACCGAUCCGUCCCCAGACACCCCACAUACCCUCUCUCCGACCCAGAAGGCUCGGCUCCGAAACCGCGAAUGCCGCCAUCUCUACUCGGGCUCCCGAUUUCAGGGCACCCAGAAGAGCGGUCGUUGUAGCUACAAUGUUACAGUCCAGAUACAGCAUGUCGAUUUGGACACGUCAUUCCUCUGCGGAUAUCUGCAUAUCGAGGGACUUACAGAGGAAUGGCCCACGCUUUGCACGUUCUUCGAGGCAGAGAUUGUCGGCGAUCGCUACUCGUUUCUGACCAAGAAGUGGGAUGCCGAUGCCGACGUCGAUCGCAUGCACUGGACAAAGUUCCCAGCCUUCGAGCCCUACCAAGAGUGCUUUGCUUCAGAGAACUUUCAGUGCGACAACACGAAUGCGAAUGUACUCUUUAUGCGAUGGAAGGAGCACUUUCUGGUCCCAGACCACCGUAUCGAGACCAUCACCGGUGCCUCGUUUGCAGGUUUCUAUUACAUUGCGUACGACCGAACCGCUGGGACACUUGUUGGAUACUACUAUCACAAGAGCUCUGAGAAGUUCCAACGACUGAGCCUCCGCCACCAGUCCGAGCGGCACUUUGGGGUAUACGAGUUCCGAUAGGGGCACCAGCGCGCCUGGUCACCGAUGAGCAUUGCAUGGACCAAACCGAGGCGGCCCGAUCGCUGAGCGACACCGAUCCCGGACGGAUUCUCACCGACUUUGAUGCGACGGAUUGUGUCUGAAAGAUACCAAGCAG